AUGCCCCCCCAAACGUCCACUCGCCCCAUUCAAAAACUUUCCAAGGCAGUCGCCAAAUGCUCAGUAGAAGCUACUGCGUAUGGUAAAUGCAUCGUGGCGGACUAUAACGACGUCACCAAGGACAAGUGCGCGCGGGAAUUCAUGCGGUUAAAGGACUGCUACCUG